CUUUCAUAUUGAAACACCUUCUGUACCAGCUGUAUCCUAUCAUUAUAACGAUAUCUUGAAAGUACUGAACCACAUAACCUACCCAUCAUGAGUACCCUUCACAACGUCAACUCGGUCGCCAACGCUAAGCAGGGCGAGUUCAAGCCUGCCGCCGAGCGUACAGGUCCUAUUGAGAAAAGAGGACACCAACCCGGCAGAAAGGUUGCUCCCAGCGACUUCGUACCCGAAUUCCACGCCGAAUCCUAUCCCCCCGGCACUGCGCCCGCCAGCAGCUCCUACCGCCCCAAUCCCGUCAACGAGGUUGGCGGCCAAGCAUUGAACCCCAACGUCGAGCGGGCUCACGGCAAGGAAUCAGUCAAGACCUCCGCCGCUGAUACCUUGAUCGGUGCUACUUCGCAGGACGUGUACACCGGUCUGGGCCAUCCCGGCUCUGGACAGACUAGCCAGGAGCUUCACCACGACGGACAGGCCGGUCGCAAGGGUCAGAGCGCGGGUCUGGAGCAAGUCGGAGCCUUCCAGACCGGUAAAUACGAGCGGCAGAUUCCAAGCCAGCGGGGACUGGAGCGCGAUGAAGCCCGGCCUGGCCAGCGCGGAGAUAAGGGCGCUUUGUCUGCUGAGGAUAGGAUCCCUGAGCCAGCAGAGACGGCAGCUGCUGAGUGGAAGUAUGAGCCCUCGACGAAGAGGGAUUAAUUCACGGAAAUCAGGCAAAUCUGCGGGGCUGGACCUUUAAGGAAAUAUCACUGAAUAGGUGAAAUGAGCUUAUCUUAACGAAGUGAUGUAUUAAUGAAAAUAACCGCAAGUCUGCAUGGGUAUCGUGAAAUUCCUGAAUACACAUAAAAAU